GGUGGCCAAACCCUUUGCUGCAAGCAUGGACAUUGUGGAGAGGGUCCUCUCUGUGGCCCAGGCCAUCUAUGCCCAAUUUGAGCAGGUGAAGUGUUGUAGGCACCAGUGCCAGCGCCUCGUGGAGCGCAUCCAGAUUCUACUGGAGCCUGUGAGGAUUCUUAGGGCUCAGCCACGACAGCACAUCUCCCACCACGAAGGGGAACUGAUGAAAAAGCUGCUCCGGGCACUGGGGGAAGCCCAGAAACUGGUGAUGAAAUACAGCCAGACCAGCUGGAUCCAAAAGUUCCUGCGAGCCCGAAGUACUGGUGAGGAGUUUGUCUGGGUGAAUGAAAGCCUGGAGGACAUUGCCCAGGGGCUCUCACUCCUGCUGCAGGCAGAGCAGAAGCAGGCUUUCCUGGAAGCUUUCCAGUCAAAGACAUGUCGCAGGCAGGAUGCUGAGGACCUGAGAGAUGACAGAGCUUUCUUGGACCAGGUGAUUGCAAGUACUGAGGAGCCCAAAGAUGUGGUUGAGGAAAUCUACAUCGACAGAGAGUAUAUGGAGACCAAGGUGGACUGGAUGCAAAGUGAGCUGAACAAAGUAAUUCGUGAGAUGGAGCGCUUGAAGAAGGUCAAUGUUGAUAAAAGAGAAGACAUCACUGAGAUCAAGCGAGACCACCUCACUUUCCACAGGCACCUGCAGGACACAGAGAGCUACGACCUUCAUGAGGGCGAGUACCUCAAGUACCCUGUUGCCAUCAAAACCUUCAAGAGGCCACUGACCACUGACCCAGUCAAGGUGAGAGACAUCUUUGAGAAGGAGAUUCAGACGCUGAAGAAGUUUGAGUCUCCAAACAUCCUGCGCAUGUAUGGGAUCUGCAUUGAGGAGAAGGAUGGGAGCCCCUGCUUCUCCAUCGUCAUGGAAUACUGUAAGCAUGGGACACUGCGGGAUGUGCUGAACAAGCAGCAGCAUCUUUCCUGGGAUAUCCGCAUUCGGAUGGCCCUGGGAGCAGCCCGAGGUCUUUACAGGUUGCACCAGACAGGGGAGAAGUCCCGACUCCAUGGCUGCAUCUGCAGCAGCAAGUUCCUGGUGGCUGGGGAUUACUGUGUGAAGCUGUCAGGAUUUGAGCUGUGUGAAACAGAAUCAUCCAUCAAGAGGAAAGCCAAGAAGGACUGGAAACGAGUCUCUAUGUUGGCUUACAUUGCUCCAGAGAACCUGAAAGACAUCAACUACCCUUACAAGAGGCCCUGUGAAAUAUACAGCUUUGGGAUCGUUCUGGCAGAGAUUGCAACCUCCAAAAUCCCAUUUGAAGGCUGCACUCCUGAGGAGAUCGUGGAGAAAAUCUGCAAUCACCAUUACUGGGACCCUCUUGGGGAAGAUUGUCCUGAAGACCUGAGAAAAGUCAUUGAACAGUGCCGGGCCUUUGACCCUUCCCAGCGCCCUUCUGCCGAGGAGAUUGUGGACUCGUUGGCUGACCUGGAGAAAAGCAGAAACCAAGGAAGUUAACUGCGGAAAACGGGGCCAGGUGACCAGGGGCAGCAAGCCCAGGGGUGCCACUCGUCCUUCUUCCCCAUCACAGAGACUGAUGGUUCAAUGCUCCUGUUUGUUUCUGUGUGUGACAUCUUCACCUUACCAAGGGGCUGUGCCUGGGUGGCCUUGGAGGCAGCUGGGGAAUGAAGUGACUUGAG